AGGUAGGGAAUUCCGUGAGCAAAAAUGGCGACCCUCGUGGGGAAAGCCUGGAUCUCCAGAAAUUGUGCCAAGUCACUGUUUUCCUGUUACGCUAUAUUUCCUCGGGUUUCAUCAACAACAAAAACGCAUUUUUCCACCCACGAAGACCCCUUUGGAAUCAAUAAAAAGAAGACAGCAGAUUCGCCUGGUGCCAAGGAACAGGUGUCCAAAGGAUUGCCAAAGAAAUUCCCCAUAGCAGGAGUGAAACAGGUCAUUGUGGUGGCAUCUGGAAAGGGUGGGGUGGGCAAGUCCACUGUAGCAGUAAACCUGGCCUUAGCCCUUGCAGACAAUGACAAGGACAAGCAGGUUGGUUUGUUAGAUGCUGAUGUGUAUGGCCCCUCUAUCCCAAGGAUGAUGAACCUUGAAGGGCAGGUGUUUUUAAAUGAACAAAAUCUAAUGAUGCCAUUAGUGAACUUUGGAAUAAAAUGUAUGUCCAUGGGUUUUCUUGUCGAUGAGGGCUCACCAGUUGUUUGGAGGGGGCUCAUGGUUAUGUCUGCCAUACAAAGGUUACUAAGACAGGUUGCGUGGGGUCCUCUAGACUACCUAGUUAUAGACAUGCCCCCAGGCACAGGUGACACACAGUUAACAUUAUCCCAAAAUAUCCCCAUAUCAGGUGCUGUUAUUGUGUCCACACCACAGGACAUUGCCCUCCUGGAUGCCAGGAAAGGGGCCGAGAUGUUCAAGAAAGUUCAGGUUCCAGUGCUGGGUAUAGUACAGAACAUGAGUGUCUUCCAUUGUCCCAAAUGUGGGCACGAGGAACACAUCUUUGGAGAAGAGGGAGCUAACAAAUUGGCACAAGAAAUGGGUCUGGAGAUACUUGGUGAUAUUCCCCUACACACAAAGAUCCGUGAACUCUGUGACAGUGGAAAACCAGUGGUAGUCAGUGAAGAGGGGAGCCCACAGGCACUGGCCUUCAAAAAUAUAGCCAGAAAAGUAGUGGAAAAAUUACCAGCUUGGGAAGACCCAUUUCCAGCAGGAAAUAAGACUUAAGCAAUUUUUGAAAAUUUGUAAUGGAGAUCUGACAUUGUAGCAUGGAUGCAUGUAUACCGGCAAAUGAUAAAGUCCUGUGCUGAUAGACACUGGCACUGAUGGAGACCUUACCAGUUAAUUACCUUCAAUUUGAUAAUAGGAUUUUUUGUUAAAACAAGCUUACACAUAUUCUUCAGAUGAAACUACAUGAUACAUUGAGUGAUGGUCAAAUGCUUAUACUUUGAUUUAAGAUAAAAAAAAAGGCUUGGGAGUCGAAUAAAAGGUAUAUCUUAUCCAAGACUUUCACACCAAAUCAGUUUCCUUGAGAAGUUCCUACUGACAAUUGAAAUCUUUGCUGGACUCAUUCUAUGCCCUUGGAUUCAAUAGUUUAUAUAUGUCAUUGCUAUGUAUAUAAUUUUGUUCCAAGUAUCUACCUAGAGGGAAUUUUAUUCUUUUUAAGGUCUACAUUAAUGAAAGAUAAGUAGCUUUGCAAAAUGUGUGUAGAUGAUCGAUAAAGAAAAUAUGAUUUGGGGCAUUUUUUUUAAUGCAGGGUAUACAGUAUCUUUAAUAUAUUAUUAUACUUUUAUCAGUGUAGAACAGUUCAGGCAGAUUUUUUUUACUCAAGUCAUAUCUUCUUCAGGCUAUGGCAUCAGCUGACUUCAGUCAGCCCAGCUGUAAGUUAUAUAUGGUUACUGACAAUUCAGCAAUUUAAUUUAUGUGAAAAUAAAAGUUACUUAUAAUCAGCAACAAUCAAUAAAUAUAGUUGUUUAAAUAUUGGGGGAAUUGGGAAUUUUCCUUUGUAGAGUGUAUAAAAUUCAAUGUUAGUGCUUUUAAAUUUGUCUGUCAUGUAUGUGUAUUUGUAAAACUAUAGAGUCCAUAUGAUGGCAUAUUGUUAUAUAUUAAAAUAUAAAUACUAUGAGUAAUUUAAGACCUGCUUUAAGCUACAUAAUGGAA